AUGCCAGUCCUUCCGUCUUGUCCAUUUGUUUUGGGAAGUUGGAGAAUCAAAGUCGCGAUCAUGUCCGAGACAAGACGUUUCCGUCACAAAUCUCCUCUCUCCAACGCCGUCAAACCCUCCGACUCCGAUUCCAUCUCCACCGCUUCACUCUCCCCACAACUUCAUGUAUACGUCAGGAGAAACAAGAGAGCCAAAGGAAUCACCACCACGGCAAAGCUUCAAGACAAUCAGAAAUUAGGUCUGCCUGAAAUUGAAGAUUUUGCAUACAGAGGAGCAAAUGAAUUGCCUCAUCACAGUCAAUUCUCAAUCGUAUAUGAUAUAGGUGGAUUACCUGCUCGCUGGGAAGAAACGCUUGAAGGUAUUCGCAAAAUGAGAUGUUCUGCAGAUGCACCAGUAGACACUAUGGGAUGCGAGAAAGCUGGUUCUACACUACCCCCUAAGGAAAGAAGAUUUGCUGUCCUGGUAUCUUCCCUUUUAUCAAGUCAAACCAAGGAUCAUAUUAAUCACGGAGCAAUCCAACGUCUUCUUCAAAAUGAUCUGCUUACUCCUGAUGCAAUCAACAAUGCUGACGAAGAAACAAUUAAAAAAUUGAUUUACCCGGUUGGAUUUUAUACAAGAAAAGCCACUAAUUUGAAAAAAAUCGCAAAUAUUUGUCUCAUGAAGUAUGGUGGAGAUAUACCUAGCACAAUUGAGCAACUACUCGUACUUCCAGGCAUAGGUCCUAAGAUGGCUCAUUUGGUUAUGAAUGUUGCAUGGAACAAUGUCCAAGGGAUAUGUGUAGAUACUCAUGUCCAUCGCAUUUGCAAUAGGCUGGGCUGGGUGUCAAGAUUGGGCACGAAACAGAAAACUUUGACACCUGAAGAGACUAGAGUGUCACUGCAACUGUGGCUUCCAAGGGAAGAAUGGGAUCCAAUAAAUCCUCUAUUGGUAGGAUUUGGACAAACAAUUUGUACACCUCUAAGACCUCGUUGUGGAGAAUGUAGUAUCAGUCACUUGUGUCCAUCAGCAUUCAAGGAGGCCUCAGGUUCAAGCCCGAUAUCGAAGUCCACAAAGUCCCGAAGGAACAAGAAGCUUUAA